AAAUGAUUAAGACAAAAAAAAAAGCUUAAUUUCAGAAGGGAAUAGUCAGUCUCCUCCGCUGCCCCAGAAAGUGGGGGAGAGAGAGAGAGAGAUGGAAGCGCCUCUCCUCCUCCUAAAGAAGGAAGAAGAUAGGGGGAGGGUCGGGGCGGUGGCCCGAUUCGUCGGUGAGCUUAAGGAGGAAGGCAGCCGCCUCGGCUACGUGGCGGGGCCGCUGGUGGCGGUGACCGCAUCGCAGUACCUCGUCCAGGUCAUCUCCAGCAUGAUGGUGGGCCACCUCGGGGAGCUCGCCCUCUCCAGCUCCGCCAUCGCCACUUCCCUCACCGCGGUCACCGGGUUCAGCCUCCUCUUGGGUAUGUCCAGUGGAUUGGAGACUUUAUGCGGGCAAGCCUAUGGAGCAAAGCAAUACAAAAAACUUGGAACGCAUACAUAUCAAGCUAUGCUCUCUCUUAUACUUGUUUGUUUUCCAAUUUCUCUCGCAUGGGCCUACAUGGGAAAAAUUCUCACUUUCAUAGGGCAAGAUCCUCUGAUCUCACUUGAGGCGGGGAAGUAUGCAGUUUGGUUGAUUCCUGGUUUAUUUGCCUAUGCCAUUUCUCAACCCAUGAUAAAGUUCCUCCAGUCUCAAAGCCUAAUUCUUCCAAUGCUCAUAUGCUCCAUUCUUACUCUCUGUCUCCAUAUUCCUUUAUGUUGGGUUUUGGUAUUUAAAUCUGGGUUGGAGAAUGUUGGUGCUGCUCUAUCUAUAAGUAUAUCAUAUUGGUUGAAUGUGCUUUUACUUGGAUUCUACAUUAAGUAUUCAAAAUCAUGUGAGGAAACGCAUGCACCAAUUUCAAAGGAGGCAUUCAGGGGGAUCAAGAAGUUCCUGAGGCUAGCGGUUCCUUCUGCUGUGAUGAUAUGUCUAGAGUGGUGGUCCUUCGAGUUGCUUAUCUUGCUUUCUGGACUUUUGCCCAAUCCAAAGCUUGAGACCUCAGUGCUUUCAAUAUGCCUUACUAGCAUCGCAUGCCUGUAUACCAUACCAUAUGGAAUUGGUGCCGCAGCAAGUACACGAGUAUCCAAUGAAUUGGGAGCCGGAAACCCAGAAGGAGCUCAGCUAGCUGUGCAGAUUGUGAUGUUUAUAACAGUUACAGAGGCUAUUGUUGUUAGCUCAACACUCUUUGCAUUGCGUAAGGUCAUUGGUUAUGCUUACAGCAACGAGAAAGAAGUUAUCGAUUAUGUUAUGGAAAUGCUUCCCCUUGUUUGUAUAUCAGUGAUCAUGGAUAGCUUACAAGGGGUUCUUUCAGGUAUUGCUAGAGGAUGCGGAUGGCAACAUAUAGGUGCUUAUGUGAACCUCGGGGCAUUCUAUCUGUUUGGAAUCCCUGUAGCUGUUGUACUUGGGUUUCCCUUGCAUGUUGGAGGAAAAGGCCUCUGGAUAGGCAUUCUAGGUGGAGCAAUUGUGCAAACAAUCCUCCUCAGCAUUGUAACAAGCUGUACAAAUUGGCAAAGACAGGCAAAGAUGGCGAGGGAGCGAAUAUUCGAAGAAAGACUUCCGUUGGAAAAUUAAAUGAAGUGAGCAAGCAAUGUGUGUUCAAGCUAUUCUUUAAGUAAAUAUAAUCACGGUUAGAUUUGGGAAGAAAACGAGAGUUUUCUUUUUUCCCCUUAAAGAAAUGAUUCCAUUAGUUU